AUGUGGUCCCUUGAAAGCGAGAUGGAUGACAUAACGCAAGAAAUAAAAAACCCUAAAUCGGGUCAUAUUAACAACGAGUAUAUUCACGAGCGUUUGAGGGUAUUGGAGGACAGAAUACCGGGCAUUCAAAACCAUCUUGAACUUCUUAUUAAAUCAAUAUACACAAUCAGAGAUAGUGCCGGCAAUGCAAAAGCGUAUCUGAUUGACGGCGAAAGUGAAGCCGAGAGUGCUUUAAAAGAACAUUGGACAGGUACGAUUGCGGAUUAUACUUUACGGAAAAGAAUUGAAAACGAGCUCCUUCAAGUCCGCUACAUAAUUAAAGCGCUGCAAGAUCUGGCACCAAGUCUCGUCAAUUUCGAAGAAUUUUUAAUUGAAUAUCGUCGCAGGAUACAGGACAUUAAUGCCGAAUCGACGGGUGUUCCUAAAAAACUAACGUUAGCGAAUCUGAAGUACUUAAAAUAUGCCAUUGAUAAUCUUAAGGAACAACAUGAACAGUACUCUUCUGCCGUAAAACAACUAGGACGUAAACCUCUAGAUGACUUCAAUCUCGAGGAUAAAUUUAGUUCUAGUAAUAGAGAUUGCACCGAGUUUCGUGCAUUGCUCAAAAAGGGAGAUGCGUAUCUCAUAUAUUUAAGAAUUUGGUCAUCUGAUAUGGAGAACAAAUACAAGAAAUCUAUAUACGAAUCGGAUCGGUUUUAUAUGCGAUACAAUUUCAUACUGACCGAGGUCGUAUUUCUAAAUGGUAUGGUGGCGACAAGGGGACUACUUAUGUCGUACAUUCGGGAUCAGGAAUACCUUCUAUUGGCAUUCAUGGUAGUUUUUCCCGGCAAAUAUGUAGCAUCGGUAUCAUUUCGCGUUAAAGGAUUUUCAGGUGAUAUUUCAUAA